CACGUGGGUGUGAAAACGCUUUCAUGUUUUAUUGUUUUAUUAUUUUAGUAUUUUAUUGGCAUGUCAUAAAAUUUUAUUAUUUAUUUAUGGGAACGUCAUAAACAUAUCCGCUUCCUGGGGCUUUGAUCUUCGUCACAUAGGUGUGAAACCGCUUUGGUCUUCGUCACAUAGGUGUGAAAUCGCUUUGAUCUCUAACACGUAGGUGUGAAAACCCUUAAUGUUUUAUUAUUUUAUUAUUUUAUUGGCAUGUAAUAAACAUAUCCGCUUCCUGGUGCUUUGAUCUUCGUCACAUAGGUGUGAAACCGCUUUGAUGUUUUAUUGUUUUAUUAUUUUAUUAUUUUAUUAUUUUAUUGGCAUGUCAUAAACUUUUAAUGCCGGGUCAUAAAUGAAUCAAGGCAGGUCAUAAAUUCCUUUUUGACACAAAGGCGACUCUGUAUCUCUCUCUGACACUAAUAAAACAAUAAAAACAAUUAAAAAAACUAAACAAAACCUAUAAAAACAAAGCCCAGUUUAAAGUGUUAAAAGCCAGUCCAUAAAAGUAAGUAUAAGGGAGCCAGACCAUCCAGCGAUUUAAAAACAAGGAGAAUAAUUUUUAAAUGAACCCUGUAAGAAACAGGUAACCAGUGUAAAGAGGCCAGGAUGGGGGUUAUAUGUUCCCGUCUUUUGGUGCCAGUUAACAGGUGGGCAGCUGCAUUGUGAACCAGCUGGCGACAAUGUAUGGAUGACUGAUUCAAACCACAACAGAGGGGAUUACAGUAGUCCAAUGGGCAAGUAUAAAAUAAAUGAACAACAUGCUCAAAGACGUCAACGGGAACGGGAACGGGACAAAACGGGACUGAAACCACUAGAGAACAGUAGCUUUAAGACCUACAGUACAUUUUGGUCCAAACGUGACAGGAGGAUAUCAUGGUUCACUGUAUCAAAGGCUGCCGUUAAGUCUAACAAUAAAAGGGCGGCAGAGCCGGCAGAAUCUGUACUUAAAAGAAGAUCAUUAUAAACCCUUAAAAGAGCAGUCUCAGUGCUAUGCUGUGAUUUAAAACUUGAUAGACAUUUUUCAGAAAUGUCAUUUGUAUUGAAGUAAGCCUGUAACUGGGAGUGUACAACUUUCUCUAACACCUUAGAAAGAAAGAGAUUGGCCUAGGAGCACCGCCAGGAAUUCUGGGCCCAAUGUAAAAAAAAAAAAAUCACUUGCGGCCAGCUGUUGUCAUCACAUCUCUAUUUUUUGGACAGGGCCCUUGGAAUUGUCCUAACUCUCCCAAACUAUGUGGCGCCACUGCGCCCCUAUGUGUUACUUCAGUAUGCUAAAUACCAUCAAUGGAUUUGUCCUAACAAGUUUUACCAGUCGAGCUUGUUUGCCUGAGGCUGGGAUUUGUCACUGCAGCGCUCUUUUCUGGGCGGAAGUGUUGUACAGCUAAACCGUAGAAACAGCAGUAUACGAUUUGAAUGGCAGAUAAACACACAUUGGGAAAUGGUUGGACUAACUUUGCUGCUCCACUCUUGGAUCCUAAAGUUGACACAGCCAACAAAGUUUCAGAUGAGGUGGGAGGCAACCAGCAGUGGCCCAGCUUUACAAAUCAACACACCCAACUGAAGAGCGUGGACUGCAUCUAGCUGUGGCUCGCAAAUGGAUGCCAGUGUUGUUUGUGGGGACAUGCCUGCUGUACUGUGCCAGGAUGACGAUGCCUGUCUGUGCAGUCUCAAUGGCAACCAUGUUCCACUGGAGCAAGAUCGAUACUGGCCUUGCUUUGGGUGGAUUCUUCUGGGGCUACUCUUGCACACAGAUUUUAGGAGGGCAUGCAAGUGACAAAAUCGGAGGGGAGCGAGUCCUGUUCUUCUCAGCAGCAUCAUGGGCCAUGAUCACAGCUGCUACACCCUUUCUGGCCUACCUAGGCACUCACACCUUGGCUCUAAUGACCAUGGCAAGAGUCCUCAUGGGACUAGUACAAGGUGUAUUUUUUCCAUCUUUGGCCAGUCUGAUUGCACAGCGUGCAGCAGAAGGAGAAAAAGGCUUUUUAAUGAGCAUCAUGCAGAGUGGGAGCUCUUUUGGAAUAUUGAUUGCAGGUGGACUGGGCUCGCUAAUGUUGGACUGGUACAACUGGGAAAGUACAUUCUAUGCUGUCGGUUUUUUGUCUGGACUCUGGGCACUCAUUGUUUGGCAGUGUUUACUAAAAGGUCAACCUUACCCGAUGCAGAGGGAAAGACGAAAUGACUCCCAAUCAAAGAGUUUUUCAAUAUCUUAUUUGCUGCAUCUCCUGAGGAAGCCAUGUGUCUGGGCCAUGGUUUUUGCUCACCUGUGCACAUGUGGCACUUCCUACGUUUUACUUUCAUGGAUGCCAACAUACUUCAGUGAAGAAUAUCCACAUGCUACGACAUGGGUGUACAAUGUGUUUCCUUGGCUGGCAUCCAUUCCAGCAGCUCUUUGGGGAGGAUAUGUUUCGGAUUCACUCAUCAGCCAAGGAUACAGUGUCGUGUUUGUGAGAAAGACAAUGCAGUUCAUUGCCAUGGGUGCAUCUGGUGUUUUUGUCAUUCCGCUGACUGGAAAGGUCUCAUUUCCCAUGGCAGUGAUCUUGAUUUCUGCUGCUAUGGUUUCACUCUCCUUAACCAGCAGUGGUGCGUCUGUGAACGUGCAGGAUCUCACCCCAUCGUGUGCUGGUGCUCUCUUUGGUUUUAUGAAUAUGCUGGGUGCCUUCAUGGGUGUGGUGAUGGUCUCACUAACGGGAUACCUGAUUGAAGUCACCCAAUCAUGGGCUGCAGUUUUCUCCCUCAUCACGGCUGUCCAUGCCGUAGGUCUCGGAGUCUUCCUCUACUUUGGAGACGCUCAACGUGUCGACCUAGGACAUCCCAAGACAUUCACUCAGAUGUGACCCAAACCAACAAUUCCAACUAUGACGCUUACAGCUGUAAAAAAAAAGAAAAAGAAAAAAAAGGACACUUUCAAAUACUGAAAAGUAUUAGUUGUAAUAGUAUAGUUGGUUGUAUUAGUUAGUAGUUGUAUAGUUGGUAAUAUUACAAACAAGUGUGCCUGGUGUUUACGAGCCAACAGAUCUCCAGACUGGUGUUUGCUGUUGCCCGUUUGCAAAAUGGAAGCGGCAUUAAUGAUAACACUUGUAAUGAUAACAUACAAGUGCAGCAUUAACCUCUGUGUGUUAUAAACUAGAUCAGCUGUGCAGCACAAUCCGAAAGAUCAUCUGAGGAAAAGUGAGCGAUCGAAACCUGAGUGCAAUUUGCCUUCAAGACGGACUUUCAUCUCACAUAAAACUGCUUUUCUAAAAGUCUUCCUUACAGAUAUUUCUAUUGUUGAUGUUCUUGCACUGUUUUGCUGUUUUGUUGUGAAACAUACUAAGCACUUAUUUGACUCAUUAAAAUGUAUUUCUAUGUGUUGUGAUAAAUAUUAACUUGAUCAACAAA